AACCAAAUACACGACGACACCAUCGCGUACUAGCUACAUAUAUAUAAUUAUAUACCGACCAGUAUAUAAAUAGCGCCUAAAAUAUCCGUAAGAAUCCUUACCCUAUAAUGCCAUACAGCUAUUGAUUAAUUGAGAACCUUGUUUCUUCAAUUUUGACGUAAAACCCUUUUCCCUCAACUAUCAGAUCUCAAUUUCCAUAGAAUUUUUUGUCGUACAAAUUAUGUCAAAUCUCGAUGUCUCCCUUGACGAUUUAAUCAAAAGGAACAAAAAUUCCACCAAUCGGACCCCUAUACCACGAACAUCCGGAUCCGGCCCAGGUCCACGACGUCGCUUCCCUAACCGCGCCGCCAAUCGGCCGUCACCAUAUUCCUCCGGACCGGUUCAUGCACCGGAGACUACAUGGGAUCAUGAUAUGUUUGCGGACCAUGCUCCGUCGUAUGCGUCUAGUAGAGGAGGUGGUGGAGUGUCGGGGAUUGAGACGGGUAUUAAGCUACUCAUUUCGAAUUUGGAUUAUGGAGUUUCAAAUGAAGAUAUCAAGGAGCUUUUCUCUGAAGCUGGUGAUAUAAAGCGUUACGCAAUUCAUUAUGACAAGAGUGGAAGAUCAAAGGGAACUGCAGAAGUUAUAUUUUCACGUCGAAGGGAUGCAGAGGCAGCUAUCAAGAGAUACAACAAUGUUCAGCUAGAUGGGAAACCCAUGAAAAUCGAGUUUGCUGGAACAAAUAUUGCUCCUCCAUCUUUUCCUCCAAUCAGAAAUCGUUUACAUGGAAAUCCAAAUCCUCCUCCAAGAAGUCAACAAAGAGGUGGUGGAUUUAGACGUCCUCGAGGUGGUGGUAGAGGGAACAUGAGAAAGGAUGGUGGAAGGGGCAGAGGUCGCGGUGAGAAUGUUUCUGCAGAAGAUCUUGAUGCUGAAUUGGAAAAGUAUCAUGCAGAAGCAAUGGAGACAAACUAACAUCCUUACAUGUUUUGAUGAGAUACUUGUGUUGUACUGGAUCGAAGGUUAUUUUUUUCCAGAAUUGAAGGUCUGAUACAGAUUCUGGGGAAGACUGAUCAGUGCAGAGCCUACAUACUGCUGGAAAAUCUUAAAACUUGUAUGUAAAGUGUGUGCUUGGUAUUAUUGCCACAUUUUACUUCAGCUUUAAGCAUUUGAUGGUGUAGAACUCUUAUCUUGCGCACGCUCUGUAUUUUCUUGCUGUAGCCUUGCUUUGUGUUUGUCUUUUAUGUAAAACAAAUUGUGGUGAAAUUCUUUACUCUCAGAAACAGAUUGCUGGAGUAGCUGUGAAAUUAUGUUCGGUGCUUGUAA